ACUAUAUUUAGCGUGGAGGUUCCGCCACUUCCGGAUACAAUAGGUUGUUAAGUCUCGGUUGAUCACAUAUAGAUUAUAUCUGGUAACAUCCUCUUCAUAUAUUUUUUUUUCAACACUUAUGAUCAAAUAUCGAAAGGAAUAAUUCAUAAAGAUGUUGAGUACAAGCAUUUGGAAGUUAAAAGAACUAACAGAUAAAGUUACCAAUGUUGUUAUGAACUAUUCUGAAGUGGAGACCAAAGUAAGAGAAGCAACAAGUGAUGAUGCCUGGGGCCCUCAUGGCUCUCUGAUGAAAGAAGUAGCCCAGUACACAUUCACAUAUGAACAUUUCCCAGAAGUCAUGGGCAUGCUGUGGAAAAGAAUGCUUCAUGACAACAAAAAGAACUGGCGACGAGUAUACAAGUCUUUAAUUUUAUUGAACUAUCUCAUCAAAAAUGGCUCUGAGCGAGUCGUCACAAGCACCAGGGAACAUAUCUAUGAUUUAAGAGGUCUUGAAAACUACAGUUUUUCUGAUGAGCAAGGGAAAGAUCAAGGAUUAAAUGUACGUCACAAGGUGAAAGAGCUGCUAGACUUUAUACAAGACGAUGAUAGGUUAAGGGAAGAAAGAAAGAAAGCUAAAAAAACAAAAGAUAAAUAUAUAGGUGUAUCUAGUGAUGCCAUGGGACUUGGAGGAGGUGCUUACAGUGAUCGUUAUGAUGAAGAACCAAGAAGCUACAGAGAGAAAAGUGGCAACCAAAUGGAAGAGAUAGAAGACUGGGACAAUGGUAAAAAGUCUGUGGUCAGUGGGGCUAUAGAUAAAGCCAAAGAUUUGUGGAAUCGUGCUCAGGGAAGACAGGCACCAGAUGAGAUGUAUGACUAUGAAGGUGAGCGUGGUGAACGCUACGAUGAAGAUAACUGGGACAAGAACAGAGAACGUAAUCCUGACCGCGACAGGUAUGGUUUUAAAGAUGAUGAUGAGGAGUAUACAUCAGUGGAGAGGACCCAUACAACAAAAACAGAAAAAAUUACAACUAACAGAAGGACGCGAUCCAUUGGUAAAAAAUUUGACCUUGGUGCUGCUUCGUCAUAUGGGAAAAAUGGAGAGACUCAGAGUCAAACAACAAAUGCUGAUGGUGGACCUAACUUAUUUGAUUUGGCAGUAUCAGACGCAACAAAUGGCCAGGAAAACUUUGCUGAUUUUUCUAAUUUUCAAUCUGCAACAGUUACAAAUGAUGAGUUUAAUCCCAGAGGCAGCAAUGAUUUUGGAGACUUUGCCAAAUCUGGUACAAGUACCACAAGUGGCUUUGCUGAUUUCAACCAGUUCAGUUCUGCUGCUGUUUCCCCCACAUCUCCAGUUUCUUCAACCAUUCCACCUGCUCAAGCUCAGGCUACAAACAAUUCUGCUGUCAAUGACCUGUUGGAUAUCUUCAGCUCGCAGCCUGCUGCCCCCACGCUUACCCCCAUGCAGCCAACUGGAAUGAUGAUGCCAGGGAUGCCAGUCAACACCCCAGGCACCGUUCCAAUGAUGAACACAAUGAAUAUGGGCAUGGCAGCGACACCUCUCACUAUGCAAUCCCAACCAAUGAACAUGAUGCCUGGCAUGGUACCUAAUAUGAUGCAGCAGCCAAUGAUGAUGCAGCAACCAGGAGUUAUGCACCCUGGCUUUAUGGUGAUGAAUCCUGGUGUCAAUGCCAGUAUGCAGGUCAGGCCGACUAACUUAGCAGCACAGACUACAACAGUACCAAAGGUACCAAACAGCGGAGAAAAGAAGUCUGCUACCUGGGCAGAUACUCCAGUGAACAUAAGUUUAGAUGGACUCAACCCUGGGUCCAAAUACAAGCAGAACCCACAAGGACCAUCCUUGAACCAGAUGACAGGUGGACAGCCUAUACCAUCGGGAGUCCUCUGGUACCCAGACAUGUUUGCAGGAAUGGGUCUGAUGAGUCCCGGGAUGAACACAUUGAACCAAGGUAUGGCCAACAUGUCAUUACAGAACACAACUGUACCUAUCAUGCCUUCACCCAUGAUGGUACCAGCCAACCAAAGGCCAGUCAUGACCAAUAUGGGGAUGAUGGGAAUGGGUCAACCCAGCAUGAUGGGUACGAUGCCACAGGGCAACAUUGGAAUUCAGAUGAUGUCUACCAACAGCAUGUCCGGCAAUGCAUCUUUUCAGAAGAGGACAGACACAGCCUUCAGUGCAUUUGGGAAUGUGAAAAACUGAAAGAACGUAGACAUUCAUAUAUCUUUGAAAGAAAAACGAGCUACAAAUUCAUUAUUUCUACUAUUCAGAUUGAAGUAAUUAGAGAGAGAGUAAUUACUUCUUGGUUGUGUUAUUAUGUUGGUAUUGAUAACUAUGGAGACUCUAGUAUUACUUUCUGAUACCAUUUUAUCCAUUAUUAUGUUGACUUGUGAACAUGUAAGACAUCCCCCCCACCCACCCAAAACAAAACUUAUUAAUUUACAUUUUAUAUGUUCAUGUAUUCAGCAGCUAUGCCAAAACUGAUCUACUAUCUACAUGGUAGCUGUUUUUUUUUUUUUUUUUUUGUCUUCUUGUUACAAAUUAAAACUCUUGGUUAACUUGGUUGCUAAUGGGAAAACAAAAUGUGAGUGUAAGGACAAGGUAGUGCAGUAGAUGGGUCUGCUAGACACCUUGUAGCAAGAGCCAGUUGAAAGCAUCACUGACACUUUGGUUAGAACUAGUUCAUUCUUUGGUUUUGUUCUCUCUUUGUGGGUGAAAUAGCAUUAGGUUGUUGGGUAGCAUAGUAGUUGUAGUCACAAAACCAAGCUUAUGACCCAGACAGUCUGCACUGCUGUAGAGUUUGUUUUAUCAGUUUCAUUUUUUUUUUUUUAAAUUCUAGCUAAUGUCAUUCAUUUUGUUCUGACCUUCUGCAUCUUUAUAGAAUUAUGCACCAAAUGUUUAGAGAGAUAGUUGAUUUGAAGAAUCAGUUUAGAAAGAUUGUUUAUGAGAAGCAGCAAAAAACAAUCGGCAAAUGUACUAUUAACAAAUGAAUAUAGCCUAAGAGGACAUCUGGCACCCAGCAAGUUAAAGUGAUAACUUACUUUACUAUAACGCUGUUUCUUUACCGAAACUCUGUGUCUUUGUAGUUCUAAAUGAAUGUACACCCACCUAAUCAAUGAUUGCUCAAAACUGACGAAUUCCUUAGUUUUAAUGACUUUGACCUCUGGUAGGCCAUGUCAAGUCUUAUUGAUUUCUCUUACAAAUAUGGGCACAAUGGAUUAAUUGGUGAUCUUUACCCCCCCCCCCCCCCCAAAUACUACCAAUGCUAAAGUAGCAAUCAAUGUCCCCGUCCCCCUAACAUUAAUAUCAUUGAUCAAAUGAAAGUCUUAUUGGAUCACUGCUGUUUAAAAAAGAUUGCCACAUUGGCUCUAGUUUUUACUGUGUAUUUAUGACAAGUUUAUGAAGGUACUAUUUAUUUCGUAUGUACAAUACAUGAAGUAUAUUCUGCUUAAAUCAUUGUAUAUAUUUAUACAUAUAAAAAUUUGUUUGUUUUUUUCCACUACUAGGCAGGUUUAAUAAAUGCUCUGAAGUUAUUUCAGUGUGUGAUAUGGGCUGUGUAUCUAUUGACUUAAUAAAUGCUCAUUCAUGGGAGUUCA